CACAUAAACAGUAAACAACACAAAACUCCAAGAGAAAAACAAAGAUGGCUUCAACAUCAACACUUCUAAUGAAAACAAUUUUCCUCGUACUCCUUUUUGUCUCUUUCGCAAUCUCUCCGGCAAUUUCAACAGCGCCGGAAGAGUGCGGAAGCGAGUCAGCUAACCCGUGCGUCAACAAAGCUAAAGCUUUGCCUCUCAAAAUCAUAGCCAUUGCCACAAUCCUAGUAGCAAGCAUGAUUGGUGUUGGAGCUCCUCUCUUUAGCCGGAACGUGCCAUUCCUUCAACCUGAUGGGAACAUUUUCACUAUUGUUAAAUGUUUCGCCUCAGGGAUUAUUCUAGGAACCGGUUUCAUGCACGUUUUGCCUGAUUCUUUUGAGAUGUUAUCAUCACCGUGUCUUAAAGAUAACCCUUGGCACAAGUUUCCAUUCUCCGGGUUUCUCGCUAUGUUAUCCGGUCUAAUCACUUUAGUCAUUGAUUCCAUGGCUACAAGCAUCUAUACUAGCAAGAACUCAGUUGGUAUCGUACCACAUGGGCAUGGUCACGGCCCUGGAAAUGGUGUUGCGUUACCAACAAAAGAUGACGAUUCAGGGAGUGCACAACUCUUGCGAUAUCGAGUCAUUGCUAUGGUAUUGGAACUCGGAAUCAUAGUUCACUCUGUGGUCAUUGGACUAUCUCUAGGAGCAACAAGUGACACUUGCGCCAUUAAAGGACUCAUCGCAGCUCUUUGCUUCCAUCAAAUGUUCGAAGGCAUGGGUCUUGGUGGUUGCAUUCUCCAGGCCGAGUAUACGAACAUGAAGAAAUUUCUCAUGGCGUUCUUUUUUGCGAUAACAACUCCAUUCGGAAUAGCGUUAGGGAUCGCUCUUUCGACAAUUUACAGAGACAAUAGCCCCAGUGCAUUGAUCACUGUUGGAUUGCUCAAUGCAUGCUCUGCGGGAUUGCUCAUUUACAUGGCGCUUGUGGACCUUCUAGCUGCCGAGUUCAUGGGACCAAAGCUUCAAGGUAGCGUCAAAAUGCAAAUCAAGUGUUUCAUUGCAGCUCUUUUAGGGUGUGGUGGCAUGUCGAUCAUCGCCAAAUGGGCUUAACUAGUCCCCUGGAUAGUACUGCGGAACUAAAGUCAUGUGGCUUUUGUUGUCGAACUAAAAACCGUUUUCGGUUGAAGUCUCGAUUCUUUGUCGUUUUUUUUUCUUUACAAGAUAAUUGUCUAUCAUAUUUAAUAUCUUUGAUAUAAAUGUAUUGUGAU